CGGGGCGGACCUGGGCUAGGACGGCUGCGGGGCUGGACUGGCUGCCCGCGGCGCCCCGGGGCAAUGAGCGCCGCACCUUGCGGUGCCAGCCGCGGCGGUGUUGGCUUCCCAAGCACACGGAAAGCAUUAAUACACCGGGGAACCGCAGUGACUCUCGCCGUGAGUCCCUGUGGGGACUUCGGGCAGGCGUCCUGUCAGCUUCUCCCCUCCCGCCCCAGCGUGAGCUCCGCGCCGGUGCGCCGUUCCGCCGGGAAGCCGGAGCACGGUCUUCUCAGGUGUUCUGGUCUCCGUUCGCGGAAACGCCGACUGUAUCGCUUUUACGCACCUACGUGAGCAAGAUCAAACCCCAAUAUAAUUAAAAAACAAUAAACCAGCCUAACGGCUGUCGGGGUCCCGCCCCGUGAGGGCGGGCUGUGCCCGUGGCGGCGGCGCUCGGCAUGGCGGUCGCUGUAGUGAUCUUGCUGGCAGCCGUUGCUAGCGGCGGGCGCAAGAGGGAGCCCGUUCAAACUACCGCUCCCAGGGCCCGCUGCUGUUUUCCGCCCCUCCACCCCAAGAGUUCCGCCGGAGCAAUGUCGGGAGGCAAGCUGCCGGCGGGUAAAGGGUAAUGGGGGUUCCUGACUUGAAGCACCGGCCGCAGAGCUGCGCUCAGGGCGGGAGGCUGCCCUGACUGUUCCCCGAGUGUUCCCCCUGGAGAACAGUGACGAGCGGCAGAAACUUUCCUUUUAGCUCGGUUGCCUCCGCCGUACUUCCGUGAGGGCGCUUGGGAGCCGUGCCCCGGCAUGCUGCCCGCCUCCCUUGCCCGAGCGGGGCAGCACGGCGGGCAGGUGCGGGUCUCCCUGGGAAGGUGGCUGCUCGCUGCCCCCGGCUGGGCUCCCCCGGGGCCGGGGCCCUGCCUCUGCCUGAGGUGGCGGCACCAGCCCCCCCGCCGGGAGCCCGCCCCGCUGCUCCGGGCCGCCCGGCAGAGUAUCGGGACGCGAGCGGGGGGGUUAAAAGCUGAAAAGGGAGGCGAUAAUAGCAAACAUGUGUCCGUGCAAAGGGAUGCGAAAGAAGAAACUCUGCUGUCGGCUGCUCAGAAAGUGAAAGAAGCUGGAAGAGACUUCACCUAUUUUAUUGUGGUGCUUGUUGGAAUUGGUGUUACAGGUGGUUUGUUCUAUGUGAUUUUUAAAGAGCUAUUCUCUUCUUCUAGUCCAAGUAAGAUCUAUGGAGAUGCCUUGGAGAAAUGCAGAUCUCACCCUGAGAUAAUUGGUGUUUUUGGUGAAUCGAUUAAAGGUUAUGGGGAGGCAACAAGAAGAGGAAGACGACAGUUUGUCAGUCAUAUUGAAUACGUAAAGGAUGGACUGAAACAUAUGCGUUUGAAGUUCUAUAUUGAGGGCUCUGAAUCAGGGAAGCGGGGAACAGUCCAUGUGGAAGUCAAAGAGAAUCCUGAGACAGGAAGAUUUGAGGUCCGCUACAUAUUUGUGGAUGUCGACACCUAUCCUAGAAGAACCAUUAUCAUAGAAGACAACAGAUAGCCAAUGAUCAAAGUUGCUGGCUCAUCUCAUUGAGUAUUGGAUGAUACUGGUGUAUGAAUUGUUUGGUGUUCUUGAUCGUAUCUUGCAGCUUUGGGGUUGUGUUACAGGAGGUAGCCUCUUGGGGCCUCCAUUAAGGUCUUUCAUAGUAACAGAUGCAGGAUUUGAAGUGAAGCCAAUGAAAAAUAGUAGAGCCAUCACUUACGGCAAACACUUUUGACAGAGGAAAGUAAUAGCUUGUGAUGAACAGUUUAGUGCUGAAUAAUGCUUCUACACACCCAAAAACUGAGUCUUCCAAGAUUUUAGGUUUGGAUGGGGAGCUUUUUGUCUUCCUUUGCUUGGAUUUCCCACUAGCACUGCAAUAAAGUGAUAUUUUAAGUGUAGACAAACUCUGUUUUCAUUCUGGUUGCCUUUGUGUAGAUAAGGAGGUAAAAUAAGAAUGUAUGUUAGUGAUGCAAAGGGGAUCUAGCCGAAGGGCAUGUAAGAAUAUGGAUUGUGGAGAGACACAUCCAUGGCAAAUGACUGAAGAUAAAGGUUUCAAUAUUGGUAUCUUCUAAAUAGAUUAGCAGCAUGCAGGACGGUAUUACUGUCUGUUCCUUCUGACGUUUACCAUCCUGCUCCACUAAGAAAUGACAGUUUUGUAGCUGCUCAGCCCCACCCACAGUUUUUCCAUUAACUUUGCUAAUCUAAAUCUCCUGGGAAUCAGAUUCAUAUAGGUUUACCUAAACUGAAAAGCUCAACUAAUGACCAAAUUUCUCACCUGGGUUUCUUCCUUAGUGUAACAUGGCAGAUAGCAAGCAUAACCUUGUGUAUUAAUAGUCAGACCCAGUCGUGCCCAUCUGUCAAGUAGCGCCAACCAAAAAAUUUCAAGCUUUAGCUUCAUACAUUUAACCACUUGCUUAAACACCAGCUAAUGCAUUUUUCUGUAGUUACCUACCGUACGUUAUGAGCUUUUUAGUUCACUAGUUAAUUAUUCCUGCAUUAAGCACACACUGGUGUUAGGUUAUCAGCCCUUAUUACAAGUUCAUUUAAUGGUACAUUUGGACUAUUCUAAAGUUCAUACAAUAUUCCCUCAUACAAUGCCACAAAUAUAGUUACUACCUUUAGUAAUACUUUACCGGACUUUAGCCAUCCUGUUCAUCUGCCUUCUAGUAAUCUCAUUUGCAUAGUCAUAACAACUAAACAUAAUACUUUGUUAGACCUGGAUAACUUUGCUUUAUAUUAAGCACUGCAACCUUGACUUCAGUCAGAUCCCCAUAUUGUUUGAAAGUAUGCAAUGAAGAGGAAUCACGCAUUCAUCCUAGUUUGUGAGCAGAGCAGAGUAACCACAUGUUACGGCAGAGCAGCCCCCGAUGUCGAUCUGUUAAACUCCAGGGCAUUUUGGAGUUUCUGCACUGUAUACAGUAUAACUGACUUCUACUGUGCAGGCCAAAGGGAUUUUUAGAAAACUUUGAACAGCAGUUGAGAUUGCCUGAAGUGAUUUCAUAUCCAUUAGUUUCAGCAGAGUUAUAAAUUUGUCUGCCUUCUUUCGUCCCUCGGUGGACGCUUCUCAAGACUAAUAAGCCCACAAUUUUACACGUAGUCAAAAGCUAUGGAAGUGCGUGUUGGUGGCUCCCUAUUGCAAGUAUGAGAAAUGGUGAUGGUGCUUGAUAUAUCGCAAUGAAGUAACUUUGAUAAACUUUUAUUUUUACCUACAGUUAUUGACAGCAUUAAUGUCCAUCUGGAAAGGUGUCUUUAAAUAAUGAAAGCAACUGA